GCCAUAAGAAAAUACUAACCACACAAAUAACAAUAUAUAGUUCUGUACUAUUGAUGUCUUUAGAUUCAAAUCGAAGUUUCAUAUUACUAGAAAAAUGAAUCGUUUUAUUAUUUUUUUGUUUGUUGUUGCGACGUGUUUUGGAUUGAAUGUAGCAUUAUUUGACAUGUUCCCAUGUCCGAGUAACGAAAUUAGAAUUUCGAACGAGCUUGGUCCUGGUUUGGUUCUCCAAUACCAUUGUCAUUCAAGAGAUAACAAUCUAGGGGUCCAAAAUUUACAAUUCAAGGAACUAAAACAAAUCCGUUUCGGAGACAAGUUAGGGAGAAGAACAAGGUGGACUUGUCUUUUGAAACACGGCUUAUACAUGCGAUAUUAUCAAGAAUUUAUAGCGUACAGAAUGGGCAACGUUCGUCGAUGUGGUGCUAUACGUCAUUGGUUUGCCAGAAAAGAUGGAAUUUACCUUAUGAGAAAUAUGCAUCCGCCACCAACGUUCCAUUAUGCAUGGAAUAAAACUAAGUAA